AGCAUCCGAUCAACCACCUUUCGAAGAAAACCAAGCCCCCGAUUUGAAAUGUACAAGAUCAUCACCAUUUUUGCCUGCCUGGCUGCCAUCGCAGUUGCUCUGCCUUAUAAACCCGUUGCGGAACCGGAGCACUAUGCUGAACCAAAAGAGGAUCAUCACCAUCAUCCGCAGUACAAGUUCGAAUACGGGGUGAAAGACGCCCAUACCGGAGACCACAAGGUCCAGUGGGAACAGCGAGACGGGGAUGUAGUUAAGGGUUCGUAUAGUUUGGAUGAACCCGACGGUGGACAUCGCAUUGUCGAAUACCACUCCGAUGCCCACGGAGGAAUUCAAAUUCAGGUGAAGAAAGUUGGCGGUCAUGCACCGGCCCCGGUUGUACAUCACGAGCCCAUCCCCAUCGUGGCAGCCCCGAUUGUGCAUAAACCCCUUAAGAAGCAUCGGUACUAAGACGGCAGAGCCAUAGCUAACAUUGUUUGAUGUAUGCGGCAGAGUUCCUGGAAGCGUUGACCGUUUCCUCAUUAUAAGUGUGAAUGAAUAAAGUAUGUGUACAAAUAUAUUAAAACAGGAGUUUUACUUUUUUCACCUGACAAGUUCCAGCUAUGUGAACGAGUGAUGUUUGAUUGAAAUGUCAUUGUAAAGUAAAAAGAACAUCUAAAACGUAAUUCCAAACGUUGUUACGAUGAUUUUUAAUAACC